CUCUGCCUACCACAUCACUUCAACUCACACGAAAUAAGCUCAAGCUCUCUGAAACAAAUGGCUAAGGCUAAUUUCCUUUUCACCCUUUCUCUUUGCCUUGUUCUUCUUUUUCAUGGCUCCCUCGCUAUACGGCAACCUCAGCCACAAGGAGAGUGCCAAGUAGAUAGAAUCGAUGCCCUAGAACCAGAUAAUCGCAUUGAAUGCGAAGCCGGUGUAGUAGAGUCUUGGAAUCCAAAUGACGAUCAGUUCCAAUGUGCUGGAGUGGCCGUUGUUAGGAAAACCAUUGAACCCAAAGGUCUUUCAUUGCCAUCGUACAGCAAUGCUCCGCAGCUCGUUUACAUAGUCCAAGGUAGGGGUGUGGUUGGGACCAUAUUUGCUGGAUGCCCUGAAACAUUUCAGGAAUCUCAGCAAACAGGUGGAAGCAGUGGGGUCCAAGACCAACACCAGAAGGUCCGACGUUUCCGACAGGGCGAUAUCAUUGCUAUUCCCGCCGGAGUGGCUCACUGGUGCUACAACGACGGUAAUGAACACGUUGUUGCCGUUUCUGUCCUUGACGUCAGCAAUAAAGCCAACCAGCUUGACAUGAACCCUAGAAACUUCUAUCUAGCUGGUAACCCAGAAGAUGAGUUCGAGCGACGAUAUGAUGAACGCCGUGAUCCGAGAGGCGAGCGAGAUCCCCGCCGUGGCCCCUUCGGGGAGCAACAACAAAGCAAUUGCAACAAUCUCUUCUGUGGAAUGGAUUCAAGGUUCCUGGCAGAAGCUUUCAAUGUCAAUGAACACUUGGCUAGGAAGCUUCAAAGCGAGAAUGACUUCAGAGGCAGCAUUGUGAGGGUGGAAGGUAACCUUCAUCUAGUCAGGCCACCAAGAACCCAGCAAGAGAGACAGGAGCAAUUAGAGCGAGAGAGUGGACAAGGCCGACGCUACAAUGGCCUCGAAGAGACCUUCUGCUCCUUGAGGAAUGUAGAGAACAUCGGUGAUCCCUCACGCGCAGACGUAUUCGUCACAGAAGCUGGUCGUGUGAGCACCGUCAACAGCAACAACCUCCACAUUCUUCAGAGGCUCCAACUCAGUGCUUCCCAUGUUGUUCUCUACAAUAAUACUGUGAGGUUACCACACUGGCAUAUGAACGCCCACAGCAUAAUAUACGCAGUGAGGGGUCAAGCGCAGGUUCAAGUGGUGGAUGAAAACGGCAAUGCUGUCUUCGACGGAAACGUAAGACAGGGACAGGUCCUGACGGUGCCACAGAACUUCGCGGUGGUGAAAAGGACGGAGAGGGAUGUGUUCGAAUAUGUAGCAUUCCAGACCAACGACAAUGCCAUGACCACUGAUCUUGCAGGCCGUGCCUCCACUAUUAGGGCCCUGCCGGUGGAGGUGAUCGCCAACGCCUACCGGGUGUCGUUGGAGGACGCAAGGAGGCUCAAGUUUAGCACGCAAGAGACGACCUUGACAAGUGCAAGGCCUCGCUCUGGAAGGUGGGCUGCAGCUUAAGGAAUAUACGUACAUAUAUAAUAAUAAUAAUAAUAAUAAUAAUAAAGUAAAAUAAUAGUAAGGAGGCAGGCAGUAGCCUGUCGGUGUGUACUUAGUUAAUAUAUAUAUGUAUAUUGAGAUUACAAGGAGAAGUAUAAUCUCUUACGUGUGGCAAUAAAAAUAUGUAGCCUUCUAUGAAUAAGCAAUGAAAAUAAUGUAAUUACCCUA